AUGACUGCCGUUGCGGCUAUAUUAGACUUAAAGUCUUUUAACCUAAUCAAAACCUGGCCGGAGCUAGCCAACAAAACCGACGACGAAUUCGAUGAGUAUCUCGCUGAAAGAGGCUUGCUCUGGAGAGAAAAUCCAUGUCCGUCUUGUCACGAGUCGAGAAAAAUCUCUAAGCAAAAGAAUGCCUCUGUGUUACAAACGAGCAUGUCGAAAUUCACGUUUCAACUGCAAAACUGGAUAUUUAAGGGAACUUUCUUUGAGGGAUUACGUGGAAGCCGUAAAAAGAUUUUUCUGUGUAGCUUCCUCUAUUUGAAUGGAAAGAUGGUGAUGAAAGAGUUGGCAGAAACUUUGGAAACUGAGGAAAAGACAGUAAUUCAGUGGUGCCAAUGGUUCAGGGAUAUCAUGGCGGAGAGUUUAUAUCAGCCCGCAAUUAUGAUCGGAGGUGUUGGAGAGACGGUUCAGAUCGAUGAAACAAACAUUGUCAAGAGAAAGUAUAAUGUGGGAAGGAUCGUUCGUAAUGGAUGGUUGAUAGGCGGUAUCCAGAAUAACACUCGUGCCGUUUUUAUCGAAAUCGUCGAUAANAGAGAUCAAGCAACGUGUGAAAGAAUCAUUCAACCAUAUGUUGCUCCAGGCACAACAGUCAUCACUGACUGUUGGCGAGGAUCAACGGACUCGCGGCGCUAG